AUUAAACCAAUUUACUUUUUCUUGUUAAUGAGAAAUGACUAAUUUUGGAGACAGAGAUCCAUUUUUACAGCCGAAAUAACCGUUUUCCGCGUUUUAACUCCAUGAUUUCAUUUUUUCGUUUCAAUGAUCCUAAACCCAGAAAAAAACUCACCCUGGAAGCAAAUUCAUUCUAAUUCUAAUCCGUUCUUCAUAAGAUCGAUCCAGAAAUCGAUAUAUAAAUUCUGUUUAUAGGGUUUUCUUGGAGACGAAGAAACUCAAUAGCUCAGGAUGGUGAAGUUAACAACAAUCUUAGGAAAGGGCACGAGAACCAUCAUAAUGAUGAUGAUGAUGACGUUGAUGGAUGUUUUGGUUGGAGCAGCGGACAAUAACGAGGUGUACAGUCCAUGUUCAGACACUCAAAUAAGCAAAGGAGAUGGUUUCACCGUAGGUGUUGCAAUCUCCAGCAAAGAAGCUUUCUUCCUUGACCAAGUCCAGCUUUCCCCUUGCGAUUCUCGUCUCGGUUUAGCUGCGAAAAUGGCACAGCUCGCGCUCUUUAGACCUAAGGUAGACGAGAUCUCUCUUCUCUCCAUCGACACAAGUAAGUUUAGCCCGAGUGAAGCAGGAGGAUACAUGGUUGGAUUCGCAGGCUCGAAAUACGCAGCAAGAUCUUAUCCUGUGAAGGUUGCAGAUGAAAGCAACACAAUCACAGAUUUCACACUUGUAAUGGAGUUUCAGAAAGGAGUGUUGCAGAAUCUGUUUUGGAAGAACUUUGGAUGCGAUUCUUGCAAAGGAGGAGCUUCUUCUGUGUGUCUUAAUGGGACGGAUUGUGCUGUUCCGACAUCGAAGUGCAAGGCUAAUGGAGGUGAAGCUAAUUGCAACAUUGGAAUCCAGGUGGCGUUUUCAGGAACAGACAAGAACUUAGAGUCAUUGAACUCUUGGUACGAGGUUAGCAAUCUGAGGCAGUACUCGCUUACCGACCUUUACGCAAGCGCUGUAGAUUCUCUGAGUGGAGGACUUUUGUAAGAGAGACAAAGUGAGGUUCCUAAAUAGGUUUUUCUCACUUUCAUGUCUUGACAAGAAGUAACAAUGAUGAAACAAAUAACUUACUUGUCCUUCAAGUUUGCAAACCAAAACUACAUUUUUAUGGAUCAAUACAAAAGAAAGAAAUGGCUAUAUAUUUGCCACACACAAGAAACACAAUCAUUGUCAUUGUUGUAUACACAAAUCC